AUGAAGUUCUCAACCCUCCUCGUCAUCAGCAGUGCUGCUCUCGUCUCUGCCGCUGACGAAGGCAACGGACUCACUUUCCCCACUUCGACCGAUGCGAAUCAGUUUGUCUCGGCGAUCUACUCACCAUCCCCCGUCCCCUCCGAGGUAUCGCCAUUCAUCACGCCGCUGGCCACAACGUGGUACAAGGUCCAGAGCUCCUUUAUGCACGACCCAAGAUACCCUUCCCUCACUUCGGAUAUCGUUUCGGCAAUCACCCAUGCCCCCGAUUCCGAGGCUUCGCUGCAGGCUAUGUUGACUGGUGGGGAGUGGAACUGGAACCAGGUGAAGACUCAGUCGUGGUACGACAAUCAUGUGCCGAAGGACUCGAAGGACUUUGUCUCGCAGUACCUCGAGGCCUGGGAGAAGGCCGCCGAGAGAGGUGACUAA